GCUGGGAAUGGACAGACGAAGUUUGACCGGUCUGUUUUUGUUCCUCGCCGUUGUUGGAUCCUGGCAAGGGAUGGAGGAGAGGAGCGAAAGGCGUCGGGACCCACAAUACAACGCCAAGAGGCACAUGCUGCCCCGAGAUACCAGGAGACCAGCACUGGGUAGAGAGAUGAGGAAGAAGCCACCAGGCUAUCUGACACCACUACAAGAGGAGGAGAUUGCUGAUGAUGAAAUAGUAUCAGUAUCAGUCGGUCCACUACCACAACCGAUAACAUUACCCGGUCAUCGACCUCGGCUAAACAUUGACAAGUUCAAACAGAAAAUAGAAAACACCAAAGAAAACACGUCAAAUGCAAAAGCAGUAAGAUUCAUAAAAGAUGUAAUUGUCGAAGUAGCUAAGGAUCUACUGACGCAUGAAGUGAGCGAAGAAUUCAUAUUCGGACAAUACAUUGGUAAAGCGAUGAAGAAAGUCAAAGAAGAAUAUAAAACGAAGAUGCAACUGGAGAUUCUAGACCUGAUAAAACAUUAUCAACAUAGGAAUGAUAGUAGAAAACCGGAGGAAAUAACAACGGUGAAAUCGAAAAGAAAAUCCAAUGAUACUGAUGAAGUUUGGACGGAUUUUACGAAUUUAGAGAACAUAGUUGGUUGAAUAAAAGACAUUAUUAA